ACUAAUAAAAUGAAAAACUAAAUGACAGCUGCUAUUACUCCUACCAGUGGUAAAUUCCCGGUGCUUUAGCAGCAAAAGUGUAGUAAACCCUGUCUCUCCACCUUUCCACCUCACUCCUCUCCCACCAUCAUUCACAGCCGUGCUUCGCUCCUCCAAACCCAAAAAAUUUCUCCUGCUUUUGUUUCCUGCACACCGGCUAGAUCUCGCCAAGAACUCGGUAAUCCCAAGCCCUGGGUGAGUGAGAUCCAGCUUCGCAAGAAGGUUUUGGGGGUUCUUGGGCAGUUCUGCCAGGAGAGUGACACUGGAUGAUUGCAUAAAUGAAGCUUGCUGAAUGUAGAUUGUGAAGUUCUCCUUUCCUGCGUACGGCCAUAUACACUUUUAUCAUGGCACCGCGCAACAGGUCUUCAGCUAGAAGGCCUCUCUGGAUUGUCAUCUUGAUUGCUUUUGUCUGUGCAGUAGGCAUUGGAGCCUAUCUUUAUACACCCCAGCAUUACACACCUUGUUACUUGGUGUCAUCAAAUUCCUGUAGUUCUCGGCCUCCUCCAGAACCUGCUAGGGUUUACACUGAUGAUGAGAUUGCUGCUCGUAUUGUCAUAAGAGAUAUCAUUUUGGCACAGCCAGUUCAGUCAAAGAAUCCAAAAAUUGCUUUCAUGUUCUUGACACCCAGUUCAUUGCCAUUCGAGAAGCUUUGGGAAAAGUUCUUCAUGGGGCAUGAAGACAGAUAUACCAUAUAUGUACAUGCAUCAAGAGAAAGGCCUGUUCACGCUAGUCCGAUAUUUAAUGGCAGAGAUAUUCGAAGUGAAAAGGUAGUCUGGGGCACAAUUUCAAUGAUUGAUGCAGAGAGGAGGCUUUUGGCUAAUGCACUGCAAGAUCCUGAUAACCAGCAUUUUGUCUUGCUCUCUGAGAGCUGUGUACCACUUCAUAACUUUGAUUAUGUAUAUAGCUAUCUUAUGGAAACAAAUAUCAGCUUUGUUGACUGUUUUGACGAUCCUGGUCCACAUGGAGCAGGCAGAUAUUCUGAUCAUAUGCUACCUGAAAUUGUUAAGAGAGAUUGGAGAAAAGGUGCACAGUGGUUCACAGUGAAACGUCAGCAUGCAGUUCUUAUUCUUUCCGAUUUCCUUUACUAUGCAAAGUUCAAGCGGUACUGUAAGCCGGGAAACGAAUGGCAUAACUGCUAUUCUGAUGAACACUAUUUGCCAACCCUCUUUAAUAUGGUUGAUCCAACUGGAAUUGCAAAUUGGUCAGUGACACAUGUUGAUUGGUCUGAAGGAAAAUGGCAUCCUAAAGCUUACAGGGCUGUUGACACAAGCUUUGAACUGCUUAAGAAUAUUUCGUCCAUUGAUGAGAGUAUUCAUGUUACAAGCAAUGCAAAGCACCAAGUGAUGAGAAGACCGUGCCUAUGGAAUGGCAUGAAGAGGCCUUGCUACCUAUUUGCACGGAAAUUCUAUCCCGAGGCACUCGACAAUCUGAUGAACAUUUUCUCAAACUUCACUAUCAUCUAAGGGAAGGAUGAAUCAAAAACCUAGUUUGCAUGUAACACUACAGUAUAGGCCUUGGAAAAUCAGAAACCCAGAGAGACUCGCUGAAUUGUUUUUUGUGAUCUCUCUUGGAACAUCAAAUGAUUUUCCUUUUUCGCGAAGAUGUUGCAUGGUUUGCAGUUGAAAGAGCAGUCAAAUUUGUUCCUCACUGCGCUGUUCUGAGCAAAUGAUGUGUUGUUCAUAAUGAACUUCGUAGUCAUCCAUCUGCAUAUUCAUGGGUGCAGCUACCUGAUCAGUUUGCCUGUAACGCUGCAGUGUUGGCAAUGUUGUAGUGUUUCAUUGCUGAGGAAGAUGAAAAAUCCAGAGAGAUUUGCCAAUUUUUUCUUGAAAGCUCUCUUGGAACAUCAAAUGGUUUUCUAUUGCGAACUGUAAUGAUGAUGUUUGAGCACAAUGAUUUUGAUCAACAA